AGAGGACCAUCUCUUUCGCUGUUCAUCUUACAUCGCUCACGAUCUCCAAUGGCCGAGAUUGAGUUAAAAACAGCACCGGCUGAUUUUCGCUUUCCUACAACUAAUCAAACAAGGCAUUGUUUUACUCGUUAUAUCGAGUUCCAUAAAUGUGUGAAUGCUAAAGGUGAUGAUUCUGGAGAAUGUGAAAAGUUUGCUAAAUACUACCGAUCUCUCUGCCCAGGCGAAUGGAUUGAAAAGUGGAAUGAACAGAGGGAGAACGGAAAUUUCCCAGGCCCUCUCUAAUCGAUAGAGGAAUCAAAAUGCUUCAAGCUAAACGUUCUCUGUUUAUAAUAAACAGUCAAUAUGUUGCUAUUCGAACUUAGUCUUUGUGUUUGCUUUUCAAAUUUCUUUUGAAUCAAGAUUUUCUGAACUUUUGGAUGUUAUGCGUUUGGGCAAAUGCUUCAAUAAGAAAACAAUGGAUCGGCGGUUUUCCUUUUGUUG